AUGGCUUCACCCACUAAGCCAAUUCUCGAGGGCUUCAUGGCUCUCCGUGACAACUCAAGCCGGCGAGCAGUCAUCAACAAGAUUGUUGAUAGCCUAAGUUCUCAUGAGAUACGUGAAGUGAAAAGUCGAUUGGAAUCGAUGACUUUCCAAUGUGAUUUGCUUGAUAAACUGCCUCUGGAACUGGUGGCUAUGUUAACAGAGUAUUUGGAUUUAGCAGAUCUUAUUCUUCUUCGAAGAGUCUCCAAACGAUGGCAUGAAUUGCUCUCUUCAACCAUCGUCGUCACCACUGCGAUGAUAUACCACACGGGGAAAAACUUUAUCAAGUCCGAUUCCCCUGCCGAUCUCGAUGCAUUGAUCAAAAAGCGAAUUCGAGCGGAAAGGGGUCUGCCUGCUGUUGUGGUUACAAUCCCCAACAACUUGUCUCGCGAUUUAAAGGACGAUGUGAACAGAGACGGCAUAAGCUGUUUUAACGGAGUAUGCGCGUGGAUUGAAGAAUCCACAGAUCGAACUACUAUCUUUGUGGUGCACCUACCAAGCGGCAAGAACAGCACUGUCACCACAGAAAAUCGAGAAGAAUUUACCCAUGUCGAGGUCUCGGACACUUUGGUCUCAGCGACUUCUGUUCGGGGGCAUUGUCAUGUCUGGAACAUGUCCACAGAACAGCACAAGUCUUUUCGCAUCCCUUCACUGCACUUUACUCAUUACAUAUCUAUCGGGUCCAAGGUCGUGCUGGGUUAUGUGGACUCCGUAGUCCACUUCUGCUUUGACUCCGGAGUCUCCCGUUCGAUCAAACUUCGACCCUUCAUUGUUUUGUUAUCAGUACAUGCAGAGGAAGAUGCCCUCACUGUCGUUUCCGUCCGCAGAAAACAUAGCGAUAAUAUUCAACCCUGGAAAGAUGGCGCAUUGUUUGUGGAAGAGCAUCAUUUGAAGAUGGAGAAGUUCUCUGUCCAUGAGAAUAAGUUUAUCCGCACCUGGGAGCAAUGUCGAGAGCUUCCUUUCCAGAUGGAAGAUUUAUGGGAGCUUCAAUGCGAACCAGAAGACAUGACAACAUACAGGGAAAGCCUGCGCCCCGGCCAAAGCUCUGCUUUGCUGGUAAAUUGCAUAGGUGAACCUUCUAUUAAUACGAUUUCUCUCUCACUCGAGGCAGAUGAUCAGAUUACUGUGCAUUUCCACUCUGCAGAGUUGAAUUUCAAGAAUCAACACGCCAAUCUUGACUACUCAGCUCGAGGCCCGGGUCUGACUUAUUGUUUUGAGGAAGACGAAAUCUCAAUGAAAAUGAAAUUGUGCAUUGGCUAUGAGUCCCCAGUGUCCGGGCAUGUCGUUGACGCUAAGGGGCGUCAAUUCGAAUCCAGACACACAAUAGAUUUCCCGAAAAAUCGGCCCUGCACCUCGGUUUUGGGCGAUGGAGACUUCGUUAUAUUCCCUUCGGAUGACAAAAUCUGGAUCUGGUGUUUUGAUGAGACAUGGCUACCCUCUGGUGCCACUGAUAUGAGGAUUGCAACUUGGUGA